AUGGCAGAAGCUUUGCAGGAUCUGCUGGGCAACGGGCAGAGCGUGGAUGCUGCAACCUCGGACUACAUCUCGUACCUGGCGGGACAGCCCGUUGAUGCCCUGCGGACUUCAGAGCGCCAGCUUCUCUCACAGGCCUCCAACUCGACGCUGCUCUCGAUCCAGGGCCUCUCCAAGAAGUCGUACAAGGCGGUCGUCAGCUCGGCCGAAAGCCAUGCCUCUCUACGCGAAACGGUGCCGGCCCUGUCGACCAACGUGCUGCAGCUGAGCCGGCUCAUCUCCAGCCUGGACUCGCAAGUCGAGCACUUUUCCACCAGCGUCAGCAAGGCCGGCGACAACAAGCUGAUUGCGCGCCGGAAACAGGUGCUGAAGCUGCUGGACAACGCCGACCGCCUGACGGAUCUCAUGCAGGUCCCUACUCUGUUGUCGUCCACGGCCAAUAUCUCGCCCCUGGGCUUCUCCUCUACGCUUGACCUGUAUGGCCACAUCCAGCGCCUUGGAGCCCUGUACCCGAACUCACAGCUUGUCCAGCAUGUGCUGAGCGAGUCUGAGGUUUCCAUCCUUCGGCUUGCCACGGAUCUCAUCAACACGCUGAAGGCGCCGAACCUGAAGCUGGCUGCGACGCUGAGGACGGUGGGGUGGCUCAAGCGAGCCAUUCCAGAUCUCAUACCCGCAGCGCCGGCAGAAGACAUGAUCCCCGCCGUCUUUCUGAUUUGUCGGUUCGUCACAUUGACAGCUACUCUCGACGCACUGGAGCCUCUCCGCCGCCUGGCUGAGGACGAGCGGCUGAGCCAGGAGAAGACACCACAGUCGCGGUCCAAUGGCCAGCACACAGAACGCUUUCUCAAACGCUUCAUCGAGGUGUUCCGAGAGCACAGCUUUGGCAUUGUCUCCAUGUCCAAGAGUGUGGACACCAACCUGGGCAACGCAUCCCCCGACGACCUCGACCUGCUCCAUCCUCUGCCCUCUGCGCUGUCUACAUUUCCCAUCCACCUGGUCAACAUCCUGCUCGAGCCAAUCCGCGUCUAUCUGCCCGCCGUCAAAGACAAAGUCGCCCGCGAAAGCAUUCUCACACAGGUGCUCUACUGCGCCGGCAGCCUGGGCAGGCUCGGAGCCGACUUUGGCAUGCUGUUAGCCAUGGCUGGAGUUGGCGAGUGGGUGGAUUUGGUCAAGCGCCAUAGGCUGCUCGCCGGGCGGCUGGAGUCUGUCAUCGGAGAUUAUCGGUAA